AUGGUUGAUGGUAGCCUUGAUAAAGAGAAUGGUUCUGGAGAAGAGGAGGAGGAGGGUUCUGGUGAGAAAGAGGAGGAGGAAGAGGAUGGACAAGGUGGUAAGGAUGUCCAGGAAGAGGAUGAUGAUGAAAUAUUCUUUUCUAGGGGGGCUUAUGACAAUAAAUUUUUGAAGACCUUCAAGGGACAUGUAGCGCUACAGGUGUGGAAGCAUUACAAGAAACCGGCUACAGUGUUUGAUCGGGGUGUGUUGAAGACCUACCACCUUGGGACUGCUAUGCUAGGGAAGGAUGUUCGUAAAUUCGCAAGUGGAAGGGUUGAGGCCGUUGAUCUAUUGCCUUUGCUGACAUACAACCUUCCCUCAGUGGACAAGACCAUGAUGUCGGCGUUUGUUGAGAGAUGGCAGCCGGAGACUUCAUCUUUUCAUAUGCCAUUUGGGGAGAUGACUAUCACACUUGAUGAUGUUAGCUCUUUGCUACACAUCCCUGUGGCGGGGAAAUUCUCCAGUCUCCCAACCCUGACUCGUGAGGAAGCAGUCAUUGUAUUGCAUAAGCAGCUUGGUGUUACGCAAGCAGAGGCUGAAGCGGAGAUCCGGAAGUCCUUACUGUAA